AUGCCUAAGAUACGUACGCAGAGGACCAAACCUCCCCCAGAGGGUUUCGAGGAUAUUCAAGAUGUUCUUGAAGACUACGACAAAAAGAUGAGAGAUGCAGAAUCUGAGAGUCAUGAGGGAAAGCGGAAAGUAGAAUCAGUGUGGCCAGUCAUGCGGAUAACGCACGCUCGGUCAAGAUACAUAUACGACCUGUACUAUAAGCGAGAGCUGAUAUCGAGAGAGCUGUAUGAUUGGCUGUUGAAGCAGAAGUACGCGGAUGCCGAUUUGAUAGCAAAGUGGAAGAAGCAAGGUUACGAGAAACUCUGCUGCGUCAGGUGUAUCCAAACGAGGGAUAUGAAUUUUCAAGGCUCGACCUGUAUCUGUCGAGUUCCAAAAGCCAGCUUGAAAAAGGGCAUCGUCGUCGAAUGUCCACAUUGCGGGUGCAGAGGAUGCUCCUCUACAGAUUGA